AUGGCGCUAUUGAAUAAACAUGUAUUGUGGGCAUACUUGACAGCGCCUACCAAUGUAAUGUUUAUAACAUCUAAUUUACUUGCGUUUGGAUUUUUAGUAACAUAUUCUAAAUUAUAUUUACCAGAGAAAAAUGGGAUUACAAUGGGAAAGAACCAAGAAACAGGAGAACCAGUUCAAUUGGCUACUGAUGAAUCAGCUUCUAUAAUCUUACCAGAAAACAGAUGCAUGUUUCAACAAGAAAAUAGGUUUUUAAUUAAAUACUCGCUAUUUCACAUGCUAUAUUCCUAUUUAUUAAUCCAAGAGGUGCUAAAACACAAAGUAUAUGAUGAUAAAGUUGCAUAUUAUAAUAGAAAAUUAAUUAAUGAUGAUGAAUGGAUUAAUGGUAGUGAUUCUAUAGAAUUAAGUGAGGAAGAGAUAAAGAAGAUAACUCGGGAAUUAAGAAAAGCGUAUAAUAAUAACAAUAAAAAGAAAAGAAAAAAAAAGAAUGAUAAGGAUAAGGAGAGAAAUAACUAUACAGACGGGAUGGAUACUUUUAAACAUUUUUUUUUCAAUGACAACGAAUUGUUAGAGUUUUAUCGGACAUGGAGAAGAGAGUUUUUAACAGAUCUGGAUGCACAUAACAAUAUUGACAGAUUGAUGUAUUUUAACAUACCGAAUUUCAGUUUUUAUCCACCAAAUUUUAAAAAAGUGUGUGAAAAGUUACAUAAAUUUGAAUUCAACAGCAUUGAUGAAUUUGCAGAUUUAUACCAAUCAACGAAUGACAAAAUAAUACGGAAACUGUUGGGUAAUUGGUUUGUAGACCAUUCAAACUUAUUUUCUAACAGUAAUUUUGAAAAAUAUGGAAAUGAAAAAUUCUACAGGGCUAUGUUAGGUGAUUGCGGUCGUGGGUCCAAGGGAACGUUUAAAAGGUAUUUUUACUUAUUGGAUAAUGAUGCAAAUAUAAAACAAAAAUUUUGCAGAUUUAUACUUUUAAACGGUAAUAACACAAUAUCUUUUGAAACAUAUUUAUUAUUGUUUAAAACUGCAAUAAACAAUAAUGUAGAAAAUGAUAUAAUAAUACGUUUGCUGUCUUUGGCAAGAAAAAAUUCUAUAUUGGAUGAAGAUAAUAAUUUAUUAAUUAGAUUGGAGGAUGGUAGAAAAGAUGACCUUGGUGCUAGUAAUAUUAAUGAGGAAGUAGCUGAAGGAAAGCGUGAUAUAGAUAAUAAAGCUACGGUUAACAUCAAAGCAGUUAAUAAUAAUGAUACUAAGAAAACAAUUUUUCAAAUGAUAAGUGAAAAUGAAGAUUUUAUAGACAUUCUUCAAAUGUUAAGUUCAUCUAAAAAUUGA